GUCACUUCCUGCAAGAGAAUCUCGUGCAGAGCGGUCUCGCCCUCACCUGCCGGGAUCUGAUGUGAGGGGCAAGGGAUAUCGCGAAGCCCCUCCCCUCCUGAGUUCCAGCCCAGACCCGAGCGAGGCUGAAAAGAAGGAAAGCUCCAGCUCAAGUGGGGAAACAGGAAGUGGGUUCCAAGGCUCUGGCAGGGAAAGAGAGCCAUCGUCCCAGGAUUUGUUGCACCUCGCAUUAGGGCCCACAGAACUUGGCAGAGGCCCAAGGGGCUCCUUCGGAUCUCUUGGAGACUUCCCGGGAGCCCAGAUGGAUGAGCAAGACUCAGCUGGCCCUGAAGCAGGAAGAGGCCAUGCCAUCCAACAUGGGAGCAGUGGGAGAUUCUGUGAAAACUCCGUGCAGAAGAUUCUGGUAGAGGAGGACACGCUCCAGUCAGCUGUGCAGAGCCAGCAGUUCAGGCAGUUAUUCUACCAGGAGGCCAAAGGACCCCGAGAGGUUUGCAGCCAACUCUACCACUUUGCCCAUCAGUGGCUAAAGCCAGAAAGGCACACGAAAGCCCAGAUGUUGGACCUGGUGAUCUUGGACCAGUUCCUGGCUGUGCUUCCACCGGAGAUGGAGAGCUGGGUGAGGGAAUGUGGAGCGGAGACCAGUUCCCAGGCAGUGGCCCUGGCCGAAGGAUUCCUCCUGAGUCAGGGAGAGGAGAGAAGGCAGGCCGAGCAGCAGGGGAAGGAUCUUUUUGCAGAAAUGGGUCUUGAUUCUUCUGAGGCAGAGAAGACUCCGUUGGACACCAGAGAGAGCCCUCUGGGUGACAGAAUGAUGCCACCAAGACCUGCUCCUUCAUCUUUUCAUGGUGGUGGAGGGGAGGCAGCGGCUGUGGACCCAGAUCAGGGUCCAGUGUGCUUUGAAGAUGUAGCUUUGCAUUUCACUGAUGAGGAGUGGGCGUUGCUGGAUCCUGACCAGAGAGCUCUGCACCAGGAGGUCAUGGAGGAGAAUCGUGGGAUCUUGGACUCUCUCGGUGGUGAUAAAUUGGAAAUGAAGAAGAAGGGGGACCACAACGAAAUCCACACAGUGGAGGAGCCGUAUCAGGAUUCAGAGUGCAGAAAGAACUACAGUCAGAGCUCCCAUUCCUCUUCCCAUCAAGGAAAUCCCCUUGAGAAGAAACCCUAUCACUGCUUGGAGUGUGGAAAGAGCUUCACCUUGAAAAAGAGUUUCACUUUCCAUCAAAGAAUUCAUACAGGGGAGAAACCCUAUCACUGCUUAGAAUGUGGAAAGAGCUUUAGUCACGGCUCCCAUCUCACUUCCCAUUGUAGAAUUCAUACAGGGGAGAAACCCUAUCAAUGCAUGGAAUGUGGAAAGAGCUUUAGUCACGGCUCCCAUCUCACUUCCCAUUGUAGAAUUCAUACAGGGGAGAAACCCUAUCAAUGCAUGGAAUGUGGAAAGAGCUUCAGUCGAAAGAACAGUCUCACUGCUCAUCAAAGAAUUCAUACAGGGGAGAAACCUUAUCAGUGUGUGGUGUGUGGAAAGAGCUUCAUUCGAAAAGAAAGUUUCACUUCCCAUCAAAGAAUUCAUACAGGGGUUAAACCCUAUCAGUGCUUGGAAUGUGGAAAGAGCUUCACCAGAAAAGAAAGUCUCACUUCCCAUCAAACAAUACACACAGGGGAGAAACCCUAUCAGUGCUUGGAAUGUGGAAAGAGCUUCACCUGGAAAGAAAGUCUCACUGCCCAUCAAAGCGUUCAUGCAAGGGAGAAACCCUUUAAGUGCUUGGAGUGUGGAAAGAGCUUCACCUGGAAAAUAAGUUUCACUUCCCAUCAAAGAAUCCAUACAGGGGAGAAACCAUAUCAGUGUGUGGAAUGUGGAAAGAGAUUCAUGAAAAGUGCCAGACUCACUUCCCAUCAAAGAAUUCAUACAGGUGAGAAACCCUAUCAGUGCUUGGAAUGUGGAAAGAGCUUCACCUGGAAAGAAAGUCUCACUUCCCAUCAAAAAAUCCAUACAGGGGAGAAACCCUAUCAGUGCUUGGAAUGUGGAAAGAGCUUCACCUGGAAAACAAGUUUCGCUUCCCAUAAAAAAAUCCAUACAGGGGAGAAACCAUAUCAGUGUGUGGAAUGUGGAAAGAGCUUCAGUCAAAGCAACAAUCUCACUUCCCAUCAGAGAAUUCACACAGGGUAGAAACCAUUUCAGUGCCAAGAGUGUGGUCGGAGGGAUUUAUGAAAGUCUGGUCUCAUUUUUAAAGUUCUUUAAAAAAACAAUUGGAGCUCUUAAAAGUUCUGAGAGCUGGCUGAAAAAGCUAAUAGCAGGACAGGUUUGAACAAGUUUGUUUCUCUUUGAAGGAAAAUAUGUCUUCUACUCUGAGCCACUUAAAAUUGUAUUACUGCAAGACACCCACUCUUCUUUGGACAUCUAAAUUGCUAAAUUGUCCUCUUGGACACAUUGUUUCUUUUUUUCUUUCUUAUGGUUCCUCUCAAAAUAAUUAUUUGGUUAAUUCGAAUCUUAAUUGGAGAAAUCGGUUUUUAUGUUAAACAGAUUAUGUGUACUGGGUAUCAGGCUGGGGGAAAAUACAGGAAACAGGAUCUCUUAGGAAAGA